GUCUGUUUAGUUAAUCUAGUUCCACCCAUAUCGUACCAUGGCGGUCUCCAUGUCUUGUAGGAUUUCAGAUUUUGGAUUAGCACCCUCACCUUGCGUUGAAUUUUGUGGUUGCAGCAAGAUUGUCUCAUGCCAGCUCUGGAGGAUGGCACUGCUGCCGUACGAGAAAGGUUUUUGAUGGCACCGAGGGAAAAGUAUUUAAAGAGCUACGGUUUAGCUCUAUUCCGUCUCCUUGUUGCAUACCCUCAAUCACUUCAACUUUGACUCUCCAUUCUAGACAUUACUCCCUGAAAAAAAGUCACCAAAAUGGGCAAUCCCGUUGAGCAAAGCGUUUCUACGGAAACCCCGAUGUCUCUUGGAUUUUCUCAGACUGUUCUCCAGUCAGAUGUCCAACCAGAGACUGCUGGGUCCGGCGGCCUGGAAGCGCAAGUAUCGAUGGAAGCUCAACCAGAGGCGCCGCUGGGUAUCCUGAAGAAGCUCGAACACCACUCGUUCUCCGGGUUUGGCUUCAACACCAUCUUCCGGCCACACAGCAACAAGACCCCGACUGGCUCCAACACGUCUGGGGAGCAGAGCGACAACAUUUUGCAACUCAAUCUCACCAGAGAAGUCAUGAAAUUCGACUUCAGGCUCGGAGACGUCCCCAACCGCGGCUUGUUUGGGCAGGCUGACAUCAACCUCAACGGAUUGCCUUACACCCAGAAGAUCUUCGACGUGAUGGAACCUGAAAUCGAAACGCCGCUCAUCCACUUCGAGAACGGCAUGUGGCUACACGUCCCUGAGACCACCGCGCCUGCUCUGCCCGCUUCUCUUGCCCGAAUGGCUUCCAUUCCUCACGGCACAACCAUCAACGCACAGUCUUUCUCGGCUCCUGUUACCGUUGAUGGCGCCCCCGAUAUCAAGCCUAUUUCGAUCACGCCGAUUCAGAUUGAAACAGGACAAUUGAUCCCAUUCUCCAGCCAAAAAGCAGAUAAGAAGAACACCUUCCGUCUUCCUCAAGACCUUACCCCCUUCACCAAGGCUGAAACCGUUACACAAGAGAUGAUAACCAACCCCAACGUCGUCUUGACGAACGCCAACAAGGGCAAGGAGAUCAUAAAGCACACCACUUACACUAUCUCGACGUCCCCACCUGAGUCCAAGCUUGGCGGGGGCACCAGCAAUAUCGGUUUCCUACAAGGCAAUGGCUCCCAAGGCGACGGCACCCCGGCCACGGAUAACACACCCAGGGCCAACGCGAACGCUGUGAAAGUCACGGCCACCUACUGGAUCUCGACGGUACGCACGAAGCUCCAACUUAAGCGGUUCACGCCCAGCAUGGAAGAGCCGACGAGGACGUUCUCCCCGAUCGCCUUCCGCCCGAAUGACGCGGUGCCUGUCUUCACUGUUGACUUCAAGAUUCCGUCGGCCAAGGAGGUCACGGUCGAGUACACUCAGAUUCAGUAUUCUCAGAUGGUGUUCCUUGACUUUGCCACUCUCAGCUGGCCUCACGCUACUGUCGGCACACUCGCCCCCACCGAUCUGAAGCUGAAGCACUCUGUCCUGCGCCAGUAGGUCUAAACAUGUGGCCGCGAGUCAAACUCGCUAACACGGAUUCGCGUCAUGAAGUUACGAACA